UUUUAUUUAAUCGACAGGGCUGAAAUUUUCCUGGUGGAUUGAAGGAAUUCCAGCUGCUCUUUAGACCAGGCUCAACAAAAAUCAUUGGCAAAACAUAACGUGGUUAAAAAAAACCCAAAAAACAAACCCUUUAUUGCCCAAUAAUGCGAUAGCGCCAUAGACAUUAAGGCAGCACUGCAGCUGCCGCUGGGGCAGCUGUAGCUCCAUCCCGCAAACCCCCCAUUGCCGUCUGCGCCCCUACCAUGGUAUUAGCUCUCCUUUUCCCCCACAGCGUGCUAGUCUCUCCAGAACUUGUUAUGCUUUUGUGUUGCUCCGUUUUUUUCCCCACUUAAUCUUCUGCUGAUGUGGUCCCCCAAACAGCCCUGUCACGGGGGCUGGUGCGGGCAGUCACACCAAGGGAAGGGCCUGGAGCAUGGUAAGCUCGAUGGGCAUGCUUUGCGGCCCAAUUAAAUGUGUUGCAAACCUCAUAACUACCUGCCUCAAACUGGUAAUGCUUUUCUUAAAAAGAUGCUAUUGUUUAUCUCUUUAUGCUUUAGUGUUUACCGGUGUUGAGAAAAUUACCUUCACUUUGGGAACACAAAGUACACAUGCACAAAAGUUGAAAAUUUAUUCACACACGUGUAUGCUUUUAAACCAUAAUUAAGGCAAUGGCUUUCAGCAUCAAUCAGUUUAUCCCAGUCUCACCAGCACAAGUUUCUUGCUCCAGGUAUUGCGAGACUGCUUUACAAGUUGAUAUUAGGCACUGACUACCCAGCACCUCGGCAGCUGGAUGAAAGACAGAUGUCUGCAUGUGCUCUCACCUGGACUGGAACAGUGUGGCUUCUCUGCAGAUGGACUUUACUAGUUUGCCGUCUUCCCCUUGCUCCUUCCCAAGGUGUCCCUGAAACAUGGCAGUCAAAUGGACUGGUGGACAUUCGUCCUCUAUAUUGUGCUUGAAUGUAAACACGGAAGGGCUGGUGGCUUCAGGCGCAGAGAGAGGCGAGCUCACGCUCUGGGAUGGGGGAGGUGCUCCAGCAGGACAGCUCCAGCUCCCGAAGGCAGACGAUGUGACCUCUGUGGUGUUCUCUCCCCGCCGUCCCACCAGGCUGUACACCUCCCAUGGAGAAACUAUCAGUUUGCUGGAUGUCCGAUCCCUCAAGGAGCCUGUUGAACAUUUCCACGUGAAUGAGGAGGAGAUCAACUCGGUCUCGGUGAAUGAGACCGACAAUUUCUUGGCAGCGGCAGAUGACUCAGGAGCAAUAAAGGUUAUGGACUUGGAAAACAAGAAAGUCAGCCGGUCCUUGAGACACUCAAACAUCUGCUCCUCUGUUGUCUUUCGACCUCAGAGGCCUCAAAGCCUUGUUUCCUGUGGACUGGACAUGCAGGUUAUGCUGUGGAACCUGCAGAAAGCUCGCCCCUUGUGGACCACAAACCUGCAGGAGUAUGAAACGCAGGAAGACAGUCCACAGUCAGCCGGCCAGUUCUUUAACCCACCGCUUGCACAUUCCCUGUCUGUCGCAUCGUGCGGCAACAUCUUUGGCUGCGGAGCUCAAGACGGUAAAGUCAGAAUAUUCAGAGUCACUGGUGUCAAGUUUGAACAUGAGCUGGAGUUUCAAGGUCACAGCUUGGGAGUGUCACAGAUCCUUUUUAUGCCAGAAGCGUACUGGUUGUUGACUGGAGGAAACGAUGGGAAAGUCUUGCUCUGGGAUGUCAGCAGUGACGUUGGAAAGCAGCAGAAAAGUCCAGCAAAAUCUCUGCAGAGAAGGAAGGCCCAAGCAUCUGCUUCCACCAGAAAAGAUGGAAAGCUCAACAAAGUGGCUUCAAAUGAACAUGCUAGAGUUUUACCAAAGCUAACCAUUGAGCACGGAGAGAAGGUGAACUGGAUCUCAUGCGCAGAGAUCAAAGGCUCCAAGAGAGUAUUAGUUGCUGAUCAGAGUAGUUCUGUGUCUGUGUAUCCAUUGCCAGAACCUUAGACACUGAGAUGUUUAAAGAAAUUUGUGGGGGAAAACCACUUCUCAGAGCAUUUGUAAUGUGUCCAGUUACAUCCGCUGACAAUGCACUGAACAGUGAAUCCUGCUGCGCCCUUCAGAAGGGGAAGGGAUUUGCUGUGUCCUCAUGCAAGUACUUGUGAUGUAACUGGCCUCAUGUCAUGUUUUUCAGUGGCUGUCGGUAUUCACUGCAGCUGUUUCUUGCAGGGUUGGCAGUUUCCUUCUUGAAUUUAAGUAAAACGCGUUUCACUGUAUUUAGGGGUAAUGUUAGUUCAUGACUAAGCUGACAUAAUUAGGGAUGGAGGAAGAAAUUCACGCUAACAGGGACACCCGCAAUGCUAAAUGACGAUGCUGAGCAGUAACAGACAUAUCAUUGGCUGAGCUCCUUGCAUUUUGAACUAUUGCAGUGCUUUACAUUACUCUCCCCAUUAAACUGUGUCACAGUUAGCUUAAAUUGGCCGUAGUGGAAAUAUAUUUUUCAUUAGUUUGUCAGCAGCUGGAUAUAAGACUAGAGAAGCAUCAACUAAUGAGUAAUCAAAUUAGUUUAACUGUCAUUGCCAAUUGGAUUUUUUCACACUGCAGGAAACGAAGGAGCAGGGGAAAAUGUUAACAUCUGUUUAAUGGGUCAGCUGUCUUAUGCAUUUAGUUGUUUAUCCCAGGGAAAAAUAACUAUUAACACUUGUCUUAAUAAAUGCUUUCUCUCUCA